CUACCUAUUCAAAUUUCUUUUCUCUUUGCUCUGGUGGGUUCCUCUCAGGCCUUAAACGACGUCGUUUGUACGGGAAUCCCCCUUCUCCCCGACAGCACCCUGAAAUGCUCCCUGCUUCCCACCUGUCAUCUCUCUGUUUCUCAAUCUAGGGUUUCAGAAUUCUUCAGUGGGCCGAUUUCAUCCUGCGCCGGACGAUCAAGGCUCCUGAUUCAGUUUGCGAUCAGAACCCUAGGUUUCUGAAACGAUCAACGACGUCAUUGGAGUUGGCUGGUGGAAUGUCAUUGCGUGUUUAAAACCCACACACAACAAGAUGGGUUGGUGAUACAGUGACAGUUGAAAAACCUAGGCAAAAUUGAGGAGGAGAAAUUUGGAAAUGUCAAAGUCUUGCAAGGGCUUGGCAAUGGAGCUCGUAAAAUGCCUCAGCGAAACCGAUUGUGUUAAGGUUGAGAAGCGAUCAUUUAAGGAAUGUUGUGGAGAGAAAAGCCCAUCGAUAUCAAGUGAAUGUGUGGGACUAAGGGAAACAUAUUUCAAUUGCAAGAGAGGCCAGGUUGACAUGCGAGCUAGGAUUCGGGGAAACAAAGGCUACUAAAGUGAGGGGAGAUGAUGAUAUUGGGUAAUUUUUUGGCUUUUGGAUAAGAGAUGAUAUUGCAUGUAUGGUUAAUUGACUUUGAUGCUAUGUUGCAAUCAAAUUGGUUGCCAGCCAGUGCCUCUUUGAGGGGUGAUAAUACUCAAAUCGGAAUCUUUUUAUCAUUUGGUUUAAGUAACUACUCGACCUUGUGGUAGUCUCUUGAAUAAAUUAAAGAAAGUGCCUAUAGUAAUUGCUUAUUAGUUGGAA